ACAGGGUCCCCAAACAUCCAGCUCCUCCAAAGCCACAGCUGAGCAACUAAGGUGUUCUCAGUAAAUCCCCGCCUCGAGAUGACGACCACAUUCAGAUUUGGAACCACUAGCGGUCCAUGCAAGACUACCGCUGCUGAGAGGGCACAUCUGGCAGAGGAAACUGCUGAAAAAGGGAACUGUGAUCCAGAUAAACUUUUGCAGUGCCCCUUUGACAAGAACCACCAGAUCCGGGCUUGCCGCUUCCCUUACCAUCUUAUAAAGUGCAGGAAGAAUCAUCCGCAACUGGCCAAUGAGCUGAAAACCUGCCCGUUUAAUGCUCGCCACCUGGUCCCCAAGCAUGAGCUGACACGCCACACUGAGACCUGUGAGGACAGAAUAUCUGUGGACUCUGAGGAUGGUAUAAGCACAAAUGGACAUUGGAAAUGGCAGGUCCCUGUCAGCACCUGGGUAAAUCCAAACACGACUGAGGACUGGGACAAAGAGGCUGAUGAUGCUCCUGCUCCAUUUGUGUGGGGUAAAAACCCAUCCUUGAAUCAACAACUGGAGAUGAGGCCCACCAACAAUCUUGGUCCAAGUUUUAGAGCACCCAAUACCCUCCCUUGGUCUGGGUUUAAGCCAUAAUAUGUGCUUACUAUAUAUCCAAAAAGAAGCAACAUGUAGGUUAAUGGACUCUAUUGUAUGUAUGCAUGCAUAGAUAUCUUUUUAAAUUUGUUUUUAACAAGUCUUUGCCCAAUUAAGGUUUUAAUUUGCACAGUUAAAUAUAACUUUUCCCAUAUUGGUUCUAGGUUGCAGAGAUCUUAUUUGUAGUUGCAUGAUGUGGAAAAUAACCUAAAUGCAAAGCAUAGUGACUUUUGAGUGGCAUAUACACACACUAAGGCUUCUUUUUCCCGUGUAUUAUC